UUCAGUCAUUUUGAAGAAACCAACCCCCCUUCUUUCUCUCUCCUCCCACCUCACUCUCUCCACCAAACACAACCAUUUUAAAUAAAAAUAAAUUAUAAAAAAUGAUGCACCAAAUCUCAACACUACACCCCAUCAAGGACAUAACAGUCCUUUCACCACCCUCCAUUUCCCUCUUUAAAUCUCCUCCGCAUUUCAUCAAACACCUUGCCUGCACUCCCUCCUCUCUCACCUCUUCUUCUGCAACAAUCCCCUUUUCUCUCUCCUCUUCUUCUUCCUCCUCCACCGCUAUCUCCGCCAUGGAUCCCGUCAACGUCUGGGGAAACACUUCCCUGGAGGAAGUCGACCCUGAGAUCUACGACCUUAUCGAGAAGGAGAAGCGUCGUCAAUGCAGAGGCAUUGAACUCAUCGCCUCCGAGAAUUUCACCUCGUUUGCCGUUAUUGAAGCUCUAGGAUCCGCCCUUACCAACAAAUACUCUGAGGGUAUGCCCGGAAACCGCUACUAUGGUGGUAACGAGCAUAUCGAUGUCAUUGAAAACCUUUGCCGAUCACGUGCACUUGAAUGUUACCGCCUUAACCCGGAGAAAUGGGGUGUUAAUGUUCAGCCCUAUUCCGGUAGCCCUGCUAACUUUGCCGCCUACACGGCCGUGUUGAACCCGCAUGACAGGAUCAUGGGGCUUGAUCUUCCGUCGGGUGGGCAUUUGACACACGGGUAUUAUACCGCUGGUGGGAAGAAGAUUUCAGCCACGUCGAUUUACUUUGAGAGUUUGCCUUACAAGGUGAAUUUCCAAACUGGGUAUAUUGAUUAUGAUAAAUUGGAGGAGAAAGCCUUGGAUUUCAGGCCUAAGUUGAUCAUUUGUGGUGGAAGUGCUUAUCCCAGGGAUUGGGAUUAUGCUCGUUUUAGGUCGAUUGCCGAUAAGUGUGGCGCUCUUUUGCUCUGUGAUAUGGCUCACAUUAGUGGCCUUGUUGCUGCUGAGGAAGCUGCAAGUCCCUUUGAUUACUGUGACAUAGUCACCACCACUACUCACAAGAGUCUUAGGGGUCCAAGGGCUGGUAUGAUUUUCUACCGUAAAGGCCCCAAACCACCAAAGAAGGGCCAACCUGAAGAUGCUGUGUACGACUUUGAAGACAAGAUCAACUUUGCUGUUUUCCCUUCUCUGCAAGGUGGUCCUCACAAUCACCAAAUUGGUGCUUUGGCUGUUGCUCUUAAGCAAGCCAUGUCUCCCGGGUUUAAGGCUUACGCCAAGCAAGUGAGGGCAAAUGCUGUUGCUAUCGGAAACUAUCUGAUGAGCAAGGGAUACAGCAUUGUUACCGGUGGAACUGAAAACCAUCUUGUUCUCUGGGAUCUUCGCCCACUUGGAUUGACAGGAAACAAGGUGGAGAAGCUGUGCGAUCUUUGCAACAUCACCGUUAACAAGAAUGCUGUAUUUGGUGACAGCAGUGCUUUGGCUCCUGGAGGUGUACGAGUUGGUGCUCCUGCCAUGACAUCAAGAGGAUUGUUGGAGAAGGAUUUCGAGCAGAUAGGUGAGUUCCUACACAGGGCAGUGACCUUGACAUUGAGCAUCCAAAAGGAGUAUGGUAAACUCCUUAAGGACUUCAACAAAGGUUUAGUGAACAACAAGGAUCUUGAACAACUCAAGGCUGAUGUUGAGAAGUUUUCAUCUUCAUAUGAUAUGCCUGGCUUUUUGAAGUCUGAGUUGAAGUACAAGGACUAAGUAAGUAGUUUCAUACUCUUUUGCGUAUGUAAUCACGAAGCCUCCAACGUUGUUUUAUUGUCUCAGUGGAAAAAAAGCUAAUCGUGCUUUUUUAGUUUAUUAGGGGAUUUGAUUCGAAGAAAAAAGCUCUGGAAAUUAUUAUACAUUCAAGUGAGUUCAACUAGUUUACUACGUGUAUUUUCUCUUUUUUUUUCUUAAUGGAAAUUAAUUAAGCAGUUUUCAAUUGGAGGUCAAAUUUAUAUGAAGAAAUAAACAUUGUAAAAUUCCUUUUCUUCUCUCA